CACGCGUUGCAAAGGGGGCACGCGCCAGAGGAGCGCAUAGGCCACCGAAAUCUACCUUCGGUCGGGACGAUUGACUCCCCGGGGUACCGCGAAGACGUCAUUGUAAGUAUAUGGCGUAUUGUAAAUCAAAUAUUGCGCAAAACACUCGCACGCAAGCGCUGAAGUGCUGGCCGAAACCAAAUCUUCCUUGUGGACACUGCUGUCACUUACCCGUUAUGGAAGGAGACACGAAACAUUCCAGGAGCCCCAACGAGAAUGUUUUUUCGAGGAAUCAGUUGGAUGUCUUCGAAAGGUGGUUCAGAGCAGGUGACAGCAACGGAGAUGGACGGCUGGACGUCGAAGACUUUAAACGCGUCUGGACGAGUUUACACAUGGACAUCACUCACAUGUCGGCAAAGUGGCUUAUCGCUCUGGUGGAUGACAAUAAGGACGGCAAACUCAACUUUGGCGAGUUCGUCUACCUCUGGGUGUUGGCACUAGAAAGCCCAGAGUUUCAGUCUACUCCCGAAGGUGCUUCCAUGAUAAGGACCAUGCAACUCUAUGGCAUUAUCCCUGGCAUGGAAAAUGCAUGUUGUAAAAAGGCAGCCUGCUAUACUUUGAAUCCUUGGCUGCAGCAGGAGCGACCAUUUGAUCAGGGGGAUGACAGAUGCCCUUUGGAGCCUUCUGCACCACAUUCGCAUCUUGCUGAAGCGAAGCAUCUUUGCGAAGAAGCUGCAAAACAACGUGCAGCAUUCAUUGCCAAAGCAAAGUCUGUUUAUGAAGGGCACACUGCAGCAAAAUACCAGAUACAAGCAGAACGCAGGGCAGAAUUCAUAAAAUGGGCGCGAAGCACCUUCGAGGAUACCCAAGUAGUAAACCAACGCCAAGCUGUAGCAGCAGACGCUAACCAGCAGGUUACUUACCACGAUCCCGCUGUAUGCACGGUGUUGUCAAGGUCUUCUCCUGCCAUUAGUGAAUUUUCCCUGGAUCAAUGCUCCUUCCUUGCCGAUUGGUUUCACAGGUGGGACAAUAACAGGGACGGUCUCCUGGACCACGGUGAAAUUGCGAACAUGUUCCGGUCUUUGAGGAUUCCUGUGACUCCUGGAGCCCUCCAUGCAAUAAUGAACUACUUCGACGAAGACAUGGAUGGGAAGCUUAACUUUCGAGAGUUUCUCCUUCUGUGGCGUGCAGCUAUUUAUGAUCCCGAUUUUAGGCGCACAGCCGAAGGCUGCAAGAUGGCGAAGCAAAUGCGCAUUCAUAACCUUACGCCUAACACCUCACGCGCAGCAUGGUAAGACGCGCCGGUCCCUCUUCAACGACGAGGUUCUGCGUUUGAAAUGGUCACAGCAGGGUGUGCGAGUCAAUAAAUUCGUAAAUUUAUCGCCACAGCACAUAGUGUAGCGGCAGUUCCAAGCUACGAAGCGACUGUGUACUACAAAGUUGGUGUGAAAAAAUAAAUUUCGAGUGGUAUA